AGAGGGGGGGGAGCCGAGAGUUAGACGAAGAGCUUUUGCCAAUAUCACAUCGCCAUUUAGUCGUUAGAUAACCAUUGUAGUUGUCAGUUUAGGAUAGUUUUGCAAUUUGAACGCUUUUAUUAAAUAUAUGCGAAAUAUUGACCUCCUAACGGAUACUUUACAUAAAAGCAUAGUUGUCCCUCCCCUAAAUCGUAGUAAAGUAACGUUAUCCGUGUCUCUUGAUUGACGGGUCCAUAUUUCUUUUCCUGAAAGAACGGUAAAAAAACAUUUUUUUAAAAAUAAAGCCCUGUGAAACUGAAGAACGGUCAGCGAAAAAUAACGGAGGUGGAAGAAAUUGAAAUAUCAAGAAAGAUUGUUGGGCGCAUCCGAGGGACAAGUGUGAAAACAAGAAAUCACUGAAAAAGAGACAAGAGUUGUGUCAUUUGCAUAUUUCUUUAGACGUCCUUAUUUUGUCAGAAUUAGUUUGUUGACUUAGGGGCUUGAACAAGUGACGCCAUGACGACGGAGAUGCAGGAGAUCGCCAUCACAGAGGAAAAACCUUUACUUCCUGGUCAGCCCGAUCCUACAAAGGAUGUUGAGGCUGCAGCUCGGAUACUGUUGGACCAGGGCCAGGAACACAGUAUUGAGACUCCACAUGGUCUCCUCCACGUGACUCUCCAUGGAACCUCCAACACACGCCGUCCUGCCAUCCUGACCUUCCAUGACGUGGGCCUGGACAGUAAAAGCUGCUUCUCUCCUCUGUUUAAGUUUGAGGAGAUGCAAGAGAUAGUGAAGAACUUUACCCUGGUCCACAUCGAUGCUCCAGGCCAAGAGGAGGGGGCUACCGCCUAUCCUAUGGGAUACCAAUAUCCGUCCAUGGAGCAAAUUGCAGAGAUGAUCCCUGCUGUCCUGACAUAUUUCAAUUUCCGUACUGUCAUCGGAAUUGGAGUGGGAUCUGGUUCUUACAUUCUCUCCAGGUUCACAAUGACCCAUCCAGACUCAGUUGAAGGUCUGGUUCUCAUCAACAUGGAUCCUGAGACCAGAGGGUGGAUGGACUGGGCGGCCCAGAAGAUCACUACCCUGACCUCCUCCAUCACAGAGCAGAUCCUGAGUCAUCUCUUCAGCCAGGAGGAGAUGUCAGCAAAUGCAGACCUGGUGAGGUCACACAGAGAUCGCAUCUCUAAAGCCCCCAACCUCAUCAACAUUGAGCUGUUCUGGAGAAGCUACAACAGCCGCAGGGAUCUGAUCAUUGACCGUAACAGCAACUUCAAGUGUCCCGUGAUGCUGGUGGUUGGGGAUCAGGCACCUCAUGAGGAGGCUGCUGUGGAGUGCAACAGCAAACUGGACCCAACAACAACCUCAUUCCUCAAGAUGGCCGAUGCUGGUGGUCUUCCCCAACUCACCCAGCCCAGCAAACUGACUGAGGCGUUCAAGUACUUCAUCCAGGGGAUGGGCUACAUGGCAUCGUCCAUUAUGACGCGUCUGUCUCGUUCGCGCACCGCCUCACUGUCUUCCUCCUACUCCAUGGACGGGGAGCGUCAGCGUUCUCGUACCCUGUCUCAGAGCUCUCAGGGCGGGCAGAUGCCCCCCAGCCCCUCCCAUACCAUGGAGGUGUCCUGCUGAAGAGAGAGAGAGAGAGAGAGGGGGAGAGAGAGAGAUGGAUGGAGAGCUAGAGGGAUGGAGAGCUAGAUGCAUGGGUGGUGGGUGAGAGUGGGACGAUAGCAUUUGUCACUAACCCACUCCCACAUCUCUUAAACCUGUCAUUCCCCCAGACCAGCUAACAGAAAGAGACAGAGAGACAGAGGGAGAGAUAUGCAAAAGUAGAUAUAGUAAAAGUAGACGGACAGAGGGAAAAUGUAAGACCGUUAAUAAAACACUGUCCUCCCACAAUUCAUCUCAUUCUAAAACUGUCCUCCCACAAUUCAUCUCAUUCUAAAACUGUCCUCUCACAAUUCAUCUCAACCUCACCUAUUCAUCUCUUUAGAGAGAAAGAGAGAGAGAGAGAGAUUUUCACCUAGACAGCGAAGGAUAGAGGGAAUGGAUAAAUGAAAAUAGGGAAAGGAAGAAAGGGAGAAUUUAGGAACAAGGGAAUAUAGAAAAAGGGUAGCAAGGAAAGGGCAUUUUAGGGGUGUCGGCCAGUCCUCUCUCCCUCCCUCUAUCGGAAAGUCUGUUAGCCUAUAGAGCCCUUUAACCUAUGGAGUGGGAAGGGUCUGUAGUGACCUCACCGUAGUGUUAACUAAUAGUAAUAAUUAUGAUAAUGAGAAAUAUGACUAUGAUAUUAAUGCUAUUAAUAAUUAUACUGACAAUGAUGUAAUAGUAACGUUAUAACAAUUAUUCUCUUUAAUUUUAAAGUUUGAAAUAUUAUGAAAUAGAAGAAAAGACUUUAGCAGAAAUACUUAUAAUGAAAAUGUGUUUGUGUCAACUCCUUUAAUUAAUCAAUUUUUAAUGUUUUUUUGUAUUGUUGCUUUUUGUAACCUGCCUCAGUGAAGGGGUGAGGCUUCUCAUUGGCCAUGUGAACCUUAACCAUAGCAACAGCCAAUGAAAGUCUACUUCCGCCUCUCUGUUGCCGGGUAGAUCAUGUCUUCCAUUAGCCCUGUUCAAGUGACACAUUUUUGUUCCCAUGAGGGGAUUGGGGUGGGCGGGUAAGGGGGGUGUGGUUGUUUGACUGUGUGGAGCAUCUGCAUGCCUGAUCUGAUUUCAGCCAAUGUGAAUAUAGACGGAAUGUUUCCUUUUCUUUUGUAUGCAAAUAUGGGUUUGUUGGUGUGUGUGUGUGUGUGUGUGUGUGUGUGCACAUGUGUGUUUGUUAUUAAGCUUUUGGGCAAAGAUUAGCAGAUGACGAUGAUGAGGAUGGAUGAAGAAGAGUGACAUUAUUAGUGAGUUAAGUCCUACACUAGUAAAUCAGUAACAAGUGCUUCCAAUGCUGCUGGCAGUCCCAGACUCGACCAGCAGGGGUCACUGUGUUUGUCCAAUAGUCUUUAUGACGACAUACAUGCAUGUACCUGCAUGCUAUGGAGUGAAGUUUCCCUCUAGCUACAGAUCUAGGAUACGCUUCCCCUCCACCAAUCCUAACCUUAACCAUUAGUGAAGAAAAUGCUGAACUGACCCAAGAUCAUCAUCUGUGGGACAACUUCCCCCUAUUCCAGCCUGCAUAUACCUCACUACUAACAUACUUUAGUCUUCAUCAAAGAGAUAAAAUAGCAAAUUCCUUGUUGAACAAGCACACUGUACAUGUUGUGUGAUAGCUAGAUGUAGGCAUUGCAUUGCCCUAUAGUGAUGCACUCACCGAUCAUGACUGACAGCUCAGAGCACCAAUACCAAGUCUAUGACUUUGACUGACAGAGCAGCGAACCAAUACCAUGUCUGUCUGCUUGACUGUCAGCUGAGAGAACCAAUAGCAUGUCUCUCUGAAGUCAGGAGGUAUGUGGAGUGGACAGUACUGGACUAGAGUAUAGAGGUAUCCGUAUAGAGUAGGGAGUGUGAAAUAAGGCAUUAUUGUGUGGUUCUUUGUGUGUUCCAGGGUGUUUGUGCGCGUUUGUGACUGUGUUUAUGUGCCGUGCAAGUGUGUGUGCAUUUGAAAGCUCUCAUACCUUCUAAGCACAAUUUAAGAGACAAGAUGAGGAAAGGAUAGAACCCAUCCCCUCCCAUUGGACCUUAUAAAUCAACAAUGAACCAGCCCCUACACUGCCAACUCCCUAACCCUACACCCUAACCCUUACGCUACACCCUAACCCUAGACCUAGAAGAUGACUGUCCACACUCAUCAAGUCAUACUAUAGGAACCCUUCUCUGUAUGGAUCUCAGAACAGUAAAGUCAAAGCUAAAAACAGUUUUAUAGGAUUGUUUUAUAGGAUUGUAAUACACUUUCAGUGAAAACUGAAUGUUAAAUUGUCAAUGUGAUCUGCAUAUAGUAAAAGGUCAUAGACUAAAGGUACAUCCAUGUGAAGCUUAACACUGCCCUGAUCCUAACCAAUGGACUGAACACACUGUUAUUUGACCCAAUUACAGAAAACACUUGGAGAGCUGUGUGUAUGUUUUCGAGUGUGUGAAUGUGUGUGUGUGCGUGCAAUGUGUGUGUUUGAUUUCCGUAGUUCCGUGCAAUCAUUAAUAUGGCUUAUAUAACGUUUUAAAAGUAUUACUUUCAAUUUGAGAAACCUGUUUGCUCGUUUCUUUCCGGUUCUCUUCAGAGUUCCGCCCCUUCCUCUCUUUUUAUAGUAGUCUGGUUGGAUGGUUGUUGAUGGAGAUACUGAGGAUAGGUCGGUUAAGGGUAUUUUGAUGAUGGUGAUGAUGAUGAUGAUGUUCCUAGAUAAUAAUUGGAACAUUAUUUUAAUGAUAUUUAGGCUCCUCCUAGUCUUGCAUUGAGAAUCAACCAAUCUGGAAUGGGAGCCUCGACUAACAAAGGGGAAAUGGGUGGAGCCUAAUAGUUUACCAAUAAAGGGAAAGGGGGGGGCUUACUGUUUGAGUUGAGUGGGCUGGGCUGUGUGAAUGUACGCUUGUCCAUUUCUUCUUUUAAUUUUUACCCUCAUUUUUUCCUUCAAUCAUACUCUUUUAUUUUCCUAUUUUGUUGUUGACCAUUUAGUUUUAUUAAGUGAAGUGUUAGUUUACCGCCUCAGUGUGCUCACAAGUUAGACAAGCGUGUUCGUUCUUGUGUAACUUUUUUUAGCAACAGCACUAAACAAAUGGGAGAAUAAUAUAAAUGAUUUUAAAACAAACAGAACACAAUCAAAUUUACUUGUGUGGCUAAUUUGUCUGUGUAAUAAAAUAAACAACCUAAAACAUUAAUGAGUAGUAAUAAAAGACAAGAAGAAAUCUUGA